AUGUCGCCCCUGUCGCCCCUGCCGGCGUCGUGGGCGAGGCGAGGCGGAAUACCGCGCGGCAGCGGGUACGGCGGGCAGCAGGAGCAGGGGUACUCGGAGGAGCGGAGCAGCGCGCGGCGGGUGGCGGACCACUACAGCGCGCGGUCCAACCAGACGCUCCAGGAGCGCGAGAGCAGCCCCAUCAUCCACCUCAAGAAGCUCAACAACUGGAUAAAGAGUGUUCUGAUCCAGCUGUAUGCACGCCCGGGCCACUGCGUGCUUGAUCUUGCUUGCGGGAAGGGAGGUGAUUUGAUAAAGUGGGAUAAAGCCAAGGUUGGCUACUACGUGGGAGUUGAUAUUGCUGAAGGCUCGAUAAAAGAUUGCAUGAUCCGCUACAAUGGUGACACAGAUCAACAACGAAGGAAGAAGUUUAGUUUCCCUGCACGACUUCUUUGCAUUGAUUGUUACGAGGCUCGUUUGGAUGAGUAUUUAUGUGAGGAUGCUCCUUUUGACAUAUGUAGCUGUCAGUAUAAAACUCUUUUACUAUGCUCAGCGGAAGGUUUGGAAUUUGGGAACAGUGUUUACUGGAUUAGCUUUGGUGAAGAGUAUGCUGAAAAGAAAUUCCCUGCAUCCAGACCUUUUGGUAUCAAGUACAAGGUUCACUUAGAGGAUGCUGUUGACUGCCCAGAAUGGGUCGUUCCAUUCCAUCUCUUCAAGUUACUCGCAGAGGAGUAUGAUCUUGAGCUGGUUUUGAUGAAGAACUUCCACGAAUUUGUGCAUGAGUAUUUGCAAAAGCCAGAGUUUACUGAACUGAUAUGGAGGCUGGGUGCCCUUGGUGAUGGAAGGCAGGACCAAAGCACACUGUCACAAGACGAGUGGGAGGUUUCCUAUCUGUAUCUUGCAUUUGUCCUUCGGAAGCCAGGGCAACCGUCUACCCAGCGGAGAGCAGACAACGCAAACAUGUUCCUCACCGAGGGUGACAUUGAGUUUCUCGGGAUAUAA